GAAUGGAGAGAAUUGUAAGAUGGUAAUAGUAGUUCGGUCGGAUUUGCCCAUGGGAAGAGGUAAAACUGCUGCUCAGUGUGCUCACGCCGCUCUAGAAUGCUGUCGCAUGACCUUCAAUAAUGAGAAGAAACGAUUAAUGUUUGAAACCUGGUUACGAUGCGGACAGCCUAAAAUUGUUGUUAAAAUACCAAACGAAGAAGAGCUAUUGACCUUAGCGGAUAAAGCUGAACGUGCUGGUUUAAUUACUGCCAUAAUAAAAGAUGCUGGUAGAACUCAACUGAAGCCUGGUACAGUCACAGUUGUUGGUAUAGGACCUGGAUCCAAUGAAAUUAUCGAUAGCCUUACGUCAAGAUUAAGAUUGUUAUAAUUUCAUGUGUUAUAUAACUUUGUACAAUUUAAAAGAAUUUAAAAGAAAUAUUUGUUAAAGAUCAA